AUGACAGAGCCAUCGAUACCCCAGUCGAUCUCUGUCGCCAAGCUCGACAAUCAGAUCGAAUCUCUCAACGGAAGACUCCAAGAAGCGUCGCUUUCGGACUCGGGCAAAGAGGAGCACGACACCGAAUCAUCCGACGAAGACACUGUGCCCCAAGAGAUCCCCAACCCCAGCCAAUGUCUCUUUUGCAAUGAGCUCAGCUCAGGAUUCUCAGAAAGCAUGACACACAUGCAGAAGCGCCACGGACUCUCAAUACCGAGUUCUGAAAGAUUAAUAGUGGACCUCCAGACGUUGGUCAAGUACUUUCAUCUCGUGAUGACCGAGUACAAGGAAUGUCUCUACUGCGGCUCUGUCCGGAACACGGCCCAGGCCGUCCGGCAACACAUGGUGGGGAAGGCACACUGCCGGAUCAACAUCGAUAGGCCAGGCUCGGAGUUUCGAGACUUCUACGAUCUCGACUCUAGUCAUGGCACAGACAGUGAGGACAACCCUGGACACCAGCGUUUCGUCGACUCGGACCGGAACACCAGAGAAUUGGCAUCUGGAAAGAUCGUGUCGCAUCGCAACGCCAAGAAACCCAGAUAUCACCGGACUCCUCAGAAUGACGAGAGGGACAGCGACAUACUUCUGAAUGGGGGAGCUUCGCCAAGCGGAGACACAUCGACAGCCUUGACAGCAAGUGGCAAUGGCAAAAAGGUUUUGACAGCAGCAGCAGACAAGCAGAACAGGAUAUUCGAGAGGCAAUUGGACACGCUGCGUCCGGCCGAUCGGCAGGCGCUGGUGCAUUUACCGCUUCCAAAACAGAGAGCGCUGGUUGCAAAGGCGAAGAAACAGCAGGAGACUUGGAAUAGCGAGCAGAUGGCGCAGAAGAUCAAGAUUCAAAUGAAGGCCAGAUGA